AAGAAGCGAUGGUUUAUCCUGCGGAGUGGCCGGAUGAGUGGUGACCCAGAUGUUCUGGAAUACUACAAGAACGAUCACUCUAAGAAGCCCUUGAGGAUCAUCAACCUGAACUUCUGUGAGCAGGUGGAUGCAGGCCUGACCUUCAACAAGAAGGAGCUGCAGGAUAGUUUUGUGUUUGACAUCAAGACCAGUGAGCGCACCUUUUAUCUGGUGGCCGAGACGGAGGAGGACAUGAAUAAGUGGGUCCAGAGCAUCUGCCAGAUCUGUGGCUUCAAUCAGGCUGAGGAGAGCACAGACUCCCUGAGAAACAUGUCCUCUGCCAGUCACGGCCCCCGCUCUUCUCCAGCUGAGCUCAGCAGCUCCAGUCAGCACCUUCUUCGAGAACGCAAGUCCUCAGCCCCAUCGCACUCCAGCCAGCCAACCUUGUUCACCUUUGAACCCCCUGUGUCCAACCACAUGCAGCCCACCUUGUCCACCAGUGCGCCUCAGGAGUAUCUCUACUUGCACCAGUGCAUAAGCCGGAGAGCGGAAAAUGCAAGGAGUGCCAGCUUCUCUCAGGGCACCAGGGCCUCGUUUCUCAUGAGGAGCGACACAGCUGUACAGAAACUUGCCCAGGGCAAUGGACACUGCGUCAAUGGGGUCAGCGGUCAAGUCCACGGCUUCUAUAGCCUCCCCAAGCCAAGCCGGCACAAUACAGAAUUCAGAGACAGUACCUACGACCUCCCCCGGAGCCUGGCCUCCCACGGCCACACCAAGGGCAGCCUUACAGGCUCUGAGACCGAUAAUGAGGACAUAUACACCUUCAAGACACCCAGCAACACUCUAUGUCGGGAGUUUGGGGACCUCCUGGUGGACAAUAUGGACGUUCCAGCCACCCCACUCUCAGCCUACCAGAUCCCUAGGACAUUCACGCUGGACAAGAACCACAAUGCCAUGGCAGUGGCCACUCCUGGGGAUUCGGCCAUAGCUCCCCCACCCCGGCCCCCCAAGCCGAGUCAGGCAGAAACACCUCGAUGGGGCAGUCCUCAGCAGAGACCUCCAAUCAGUGAAAGCAGCAGAUCCGUCUCUGCCGCUGCCACCAUCCCCAGGCGCAAUACCCUCCCGGCGAUGGACAGCAGUCGGCUCCACCGAGCUUCUUCCUGUGAAUCCUACGAGUACCCCCAGCGAGGAGGAGAGAGUGCAGGCCGGUCUGCCGAGUCCAUGAGUGAUGCGGUCCGUUCUUUCCUGCCAGGGAAAACAGUUGUAGGCCGAUCAGAUAGCGCCAAUUCUGAGGACAACUACGUGCCCAUGAAUCCAGGUUCCUCCACCCUGCUGGCCAUGGAGCGAGCAGGUGAUAAUUCCCAGAGUGUCUACAUCCCCAUGAGCCCAGGACCCCAUCACUUUGACGCGCUUGGCUACCCCUCAACAGCCCUUUCUCUGCACCGGGGCCCCAGCCGAGGGAGUGAGAUCCAGCCACCCCCUGUCAACCGCAACCUCAAACCUGACCGGAAAGCAAAGCCAACACCACUUGACCUGAGAAACAACACUGUCAUCGAUGAGCUCCCCUUCAAGUCACCUGUCACCAAGUCUUGGUCGAGGGCCGUUCACACCUUCAACUCCAGCUCCUCCCAGUACUGCCGCCCCAUCUCCACCCAGAGCAUCACCAGCACGGACUCCGGAGACAGCGAAGAGAACUACGUCCCUAUGCAAAACCCAGUGUCUGCGUCUCCCAUCCCCAGCGGCACCAGCAGUCCGGCCCCUAAGAAGAGCACGGGCAGCGUUGACUAUCUGGCCCUGGACUUCCAGCCGAGCUCCCCCAGCCCCCACCGCAAGCCGUCCACGUCCUCUGUGACUUCCGAUGAGAAGGUAGACUACGUUCAGGUGGACAAGGAGAAGACCCAGGCUCUGCAGAGCACCAUGCAGGAGUGGACGGACGUGAGGCAGUCCUCGGAGCCUUCCAAGGGCACCAAGCUGUGA